UUAACAUAAACUUAUCUUUUUUAUUUAAUAAAAUAACUAAUAACGUAGCAUCAUGUAACGUAGUUACGAAGCUGUAGCUGCUACUGCCAGCAUACAUAUUACGCGUACCUAUCUAUUUUAGUUCGUAUAAUUGGGUCAAGGAUUGAAUUCAUUGCUAUCUUCCUGGCUUUCUAUAUAUGGGAUUUCUCUCAAAUUAUCGUAGUUUAAAAAUAGAUUAUGACAAUGUUAUAACUUCACAUUCCUAUGUGUAUUCCUAAGUUUCACUCAGUCAUCCUUGCUACUGAGUGAAACUUUAAUAGCAUAAAAAAUAUAAAAUUCAUUUUUUUAUCUUCACAACUUUGCGUAGGUAGCCUCGCUGAGCCAUUUCCUACAUAAACCAAUAAUGAAACUUUUAUAACUCUGUAAACAAUAUUGUGUUGUAUGGCGAACUAAAAUAGUAUUAGCAGCUGGCAAAAGCUAUGAAAUUCCGAUAGCAAUGACUAGAUGGCGCUUGGUAGUAGUAUCGUUGAAAACUCGCGACGCAUGUGCACUAAAAUAGAGCUGCUAUGAUCACCUUCACCUAGGAGAAGUCAGCUAAUACGUUACGGACUAUCAUAACCGCCAUCAUGCACCGUCCACGAUAACAAACUGGAUGAUCAAAAAUAAUGUAAUGAUUGUAGGGAUUAACAAUCCAAAUACUAAAUUGAGACGUGAUUUUAUUAUUUGAUUAACUGCAUUCAUAUAUUUAUCACAUCCUGUCACAGAAAAUAUAUCAAUAGCGUGACCUCAAAUACCCUUACAUAGUGAGUUACAAAACAUUUUAGGUUAAAGAAAAUGAAACCGGACUGUGGUUAGAUAAGAAUAUAAAUAAUGGGAAUCACUGAAACGCCGCUAAAGCAUUUGCCUAAUCGACUGUUAUGAAGAGGCGUGCGCAUCAAUUGUUUUGAAUUGUACUACGAAAUCUAUAAAUUGAAACCCGCUCUAUCCGGCUUGAGGCAGACCACGUCGUGAAUCACACAGAAACUCUUUGUUAUUAACAAAGUUUUAUAACAUUAAACAAUAUUACGUUAAUUUUUGAGAUACUUCGAAACUAAGGUGGUCUAAGUUCGUUAAAUUUUGUUUCGUACCGAAAAGGUAAAAACGAGACCCUGUUGCUAAGCCUCCGCUGUCUGUCACCAGGCUGUAAUCUCAUAAACAAUGAAAGCUACAAAGCUAUAAUUUUAACAAAUUCUUUCCAUCUAUUUCCGUUGCCGCUAUAACAACAAAUACAAAAAAAAAGGGGUUUCCAUUAAAAAAACGUGUUUAAUUCACACACAAAUAUUUUAGUAUACAUACAAAAAACGCGAUGAUGGUAAGGAACCCUUCGUAUGCGAGUCCGACUAGCACUUGGUCGGUUUUUUAAAUGUUUGGUUUGUUGUUUUACUGCUUAACGUGACUCGAGUCCAGUAUAAUUUCUUGCCUUUGACAUAGUCAUAUCGUUGAAGUUGUGUCAUUUAUACCUUGAUAGAUAUUUUAACCCAAAUUUAAAACGUCAGUCAAGGGUCAAGUUCGCAACACCUAUCACAUAGUAUUAAUGGGGCGGCGCGAUCGAGAUAUGGUCUGAUAAAUGUUGGCGCGGCCGCGAUACUUGCCUAUCUAUUUGGUAAUGCCUUGUUCCUUCCGGACGGCCUUGCCCAUAUCGCUCAGAUUGCGCCGACCGCCGCGGUGGCUGCCCACUAGGUGCUGGUUCAUUACACAUAUGUAUCAGGCUGUUUUACCAGGUGUUGCCGAUCGAUAUACUCAUACGAUGUAAAUUCUUGCCUCUAAUAUUUGUUACAAUAUUGACUCAUCUUUCUUUUACCGGGUUUUUCACGUUAAACGAUAAUAAUUAUAAUAACGGUGACCCAAAAACAAUUACUUCUCUAAUGAAGUAUUUAGAAUUAAUUAUUGAUCAGGAGUAAGAAGGAUUUAAUAAAUGGUGAAAUAGAUACUUGAAAGGAAAUUUACAUGAUUUGUAACUAACAAGCGUUCGAUUGCACGCGGAUAAAUCCUGUUUUAACCGAAAGCUCUCAUUACAAAUUGUUUGCUCCAUUUGUACUUGCCAUCUUUAAUUAAAGUGACACAUUGUUUCUCGUCGCAGUCUUCCAUCAGACGUUGUCCGACGCAAACAAGUUCAGUUGCUGGUAUUUCAUCAUAUCUAUAAAUCGUUGCCUUUUUUUAGUGUUUCAAGUAUUAUCAGCAUUUGUUUUUUGUUGUUGCGAGUAAAAAGUGAAGAAGUGUCGUGGUUGAGUGGCGGUAUCGCACGCCACUGCAAUACAGUUACGAGUCAGCCGGCCAUCGGCCCACUCGCCCCUACGUCCCUCGGUAUAUACGGGUCGUAGACGGGGUUUUUUCUAGAUCUGUUUAAAACAAUAAUGGCCGAAUUGUCAUUGAAACACGACCGCAUACGGGUGCCUCUACGGCUUACCUCCUUUUAUGAGCUGUACAAGCGCUUUCUCAAGGAGCACGGGUGCAAGUGGCACGAUGUUGCAAAACUCCUGUCUGUGGUUGGAGAGAUUCUUUUUGAUGUGGACGGUGCAUGUGACAAACUUGCGGGCAAGAGCUCCCGAGCACGCUCCUCCGUCAAGGACGACAAGGACGGACACCUGGUGUACUGGCCCGGCUAUGUCAUGGGAGCGAGAUACAAAAUCAUCGACACGCUCGGUGAAGGCACCUUCGGCAAAGUGGUCGAGGUGAAGGAUUUAGAAAUGGAGCACAGAAUGGCUCUGAAAAUAAUCAAGAAUGUUGAGAAGUACAGAGAGGCUGCAAAACUAGAGAUAAACGUUUUAGAAAAGUUAGGCGAAGUGGACCCUGAUUGUAAAAAUUUAUGUGUUAAGAUGUUGGACUGGUUCGAGUACCACGGACACAUGUGCAUCGCAUUCGAGAUGCUCGGCCAAAGUGUAUUUGACUUCCUGAAAGACAACAACUACCAACCGUACCCGCUAGAACAAGUGCGUCACAUCGCGUACCAGCUGAUCUACAGCGUGUUGUUCCUGCACGACAACAAGCUGACGCACACCGACCUCAAGCCGGAGAACAUCCUGUUUGUGGACAGCGACUAUGAGGUCGUCAGCGUCUACAGUAGCUCUAAGAAGACACACGACCUGCUCCGCGUGAAGCGCAGCGACGUGCGGCUGAUCGACUUCGGCAGCGCCACGUUCGACCACGAGCACCACAGCACUAUCGUCUCCACCAGGCACUACAGAGCGCCCGAAGUCAUAUUAGAGCUGGGUUGGUCGCAGCCGUGCGACGUGUGGUCCAUCGGCUGCAUCAUGUUCGAGCUGCACCUCGGCAUCACGCUGUUCCAGACGCACGACAACCGCGAGCACCUGGCCAUGAUGGAGAGGAUACUGGGACCUAUACCGUACAGAAUGGCACGCAAGACACGAACAAAAUAUUUUUACCACGGAAAAUUAGACUGGGACGAGAAAUCAUCUGCAGGCAGAUAUGUUAGAGAAAAUUGCAAACCUCUGUUGAGGUACAUGCAGAGCAACAGCGAGGAGCACCGGCAGCUGUUCGAGCUGGUCGCGCGCAUGCUGGAGUACGAGCCGGCGCAGCGCAUCACGCUGCGGGAGGCGCUCGCGCACCCCUUCUUCAGCAAGCUGCCGCCGCACCAGAGGCUCGGCAGUGACCGCGCGCGCUGCAGCGGGGAAGGUUCCACGUCGAGGGAGCGCUCGCACUCGCUGAGCCGGUGAGGCGGCCCCGGAGUCCCGGCCCAGCCCGGGGCAGCGUGUAAAACUUGUACAGUUAACGUAAUGAAGUGAUAAGUGAUAAUUAUUUUGUCGAACGUUGUAAUCUAGGAAAUAUUUUGUUGUGAAUCGGUACUUCUCAAUUUGUAUUUAUAAAUAAUUAUUCGAAAUAAAGACUGUCAGUCUAAAAACA